AUGUGUGUGGGCAUAGGAGCUGGUGUGGAGCCUCAGUCCAGUGAUGAGGAGAUGCCUGACUCGGAGUCGCUGGACGGUUGCAUUCAGAGUACGUUAUCAGCACUCUACCCUCCAUUUGAGGCUACCGCAGCCCCAGUCGCAAGGCUCAGUAGCCCCGAGGAGUCACGUUACGUUUGCUGCCAGAACGAGUCCACGAUUAACGCGCUUUACUGUUGGGAGUCUGAAAUGUUAGAAACGGUUCAGUACUGUGGCCUGCUGUUUCGCCAUGAGGGCUGGCCCCUGUGUAUUCACGAGAAGAUUGUAGUCCAGCUGGCUUCCAUUGACUGGCGAAUCUUGAAGCCUGGUGACUUCUACCUGCAGGUGGUCCCAUAUCUGAAGAAGUCUCCACGAAUUGUACUGAAAUGUUUGGCAAAAGACAAGCAUAAUGUAGAGGAAGUCGUGAUUCCAGAAGUUUCCUAUACCUCUAUUUUUACUCUGGAAUGGUUGAGUACUUUCAAUGGAGAGCGGAUGGGUAUAGCACUGGAAAAUUGUUUACUAACCACUGAUGAUAAGAUAUUUCGUGUCCCCUGGGAUAAAGUGGUUAAUCCUGAAUUUAUAAAUAAGCCAAAAAUAAUUGAACACAAUAUCAUCUCUCCAGAAAUAACAGAGGAACGUUCAGUUUUGUGCCUCCCCAUGGACCAUGCUGAAUGCAGUUCACCAAACCUAGGAUCUCAGUAUCUACAGGAACAAAGUCCAAAUGGAGACAACCUGGUCAUUAGCAGCGAAGCUCUUGUCAAUGGUGUCUGUACAAGUCCUGUACCUCAAGAAAACUUGAAAAGUGACCUUGAAGGGGAGUACAUUGAGCUGACAGAAGUUUCACUGCCCAGGUUUGGGCCGCAAACAGGCUCUUUAACCCAAUCACUAGCUUUAAAUUAUCUAACUCAGCCCAGAACACGAGUGAAUGCGUCUAAAGGCAAGCACAGGUUUAUUGUCAUUCAGGACAGUACCAGAGAUAAAUCAGGACGUGCAGUGGCCAUAAUAACAACAAGGAACACAGCCUGGUUAAACCCCCACUGCAACACCACUGAGCUUGUACGCCUGCUUCUGUACUUGCAUAGCAUCCCAAGACCAGAAUGUCAGGCUUUGGGUCUAACUGUGCUCGUGGAUGCUCGUCGCUGUUCACCGGUUCCUGCUCUCUUCAAGGCGUUCAGCAUAUUGCAGGACAUGGAUCCUCACUGUAUUCAUGGAGUACUGCUUCUGGUUGAAAGAGAUCUGAGUUUUCGGAUGGAGAAGCCGCCAGCAGGGCAGUUUGAACUUCUCACCUCCAUGAAAUCCCUCCAUAAGCACAUAGACAGCUCACAGCUGCCUCUGGAACUGGACGGGACCUUCCCUUACUGCCACCGGGACUGGUUAAGCUUCCGCAUGAAGCUGGAACAUUUGCUACAAGGAUGCCAAGGUGCUUGUGCCUUUCUCCAGGGAGCCAUUCAUAAAGUGGAAUCUGGAAAGUUACCGGAAAGAGCUGAGGAGGCAGCUGUGCGGCUGAGGAGUUACAGGCAGUUGAUGAAGAAUGUUCUUGAAGACGCUCGGCUGGUCAGGCUGCAGCUGGAGGGUGGAGCGCUCCUGGCCAGACUGAGGAAGGAGGAGUCUUGUGUCACUCUCACCCAGGACUACAGAGACGCACUUGAUGCUGCCAGUGUGCUCUAUAAUCGAGUUGAUGAGGGCGUUCACCGACUGGUGAUGCUGUCGAACAAACGCAUCCAGGAACUGGAGCUGGUGAUGGAGUUCGAGAAAGUGGAAGAAUGUUUUAAGGAGGUCAGCAGUUGGAUUGAGAAUGUUGGCAGAAAACGGCUGAAGGAAACAAUCAACCUGGACGAUUCUUUGGAGAUGCUGCUUCAAGCGCAAAAGCAGUUCAGGGAGUUUGAUCUUAUUGCCAGUGAAUAUUGCAGGAGGGGGCAGGAAGCACUAAAGAAGAUGGAUCGGUGGGAAGACUUUUCCUCUGUGGAUGUGGAUUCUUACAGGGUGAAGCUGCAGACCUACAGAGACCAACUGGAAGAGUUCUGCACUCAGCUGGAUGAAAACAGGCAUCGGAUCUGUGAGACAGUCAGGCUGUAUGAGUUCUUUGACAAGGCGUACGAGUGGGCCUUGGAAGGGAUGCGACAUCUUGCCUGCAUCAGCAUGGAGGACUGCAGCUCUGCUGAACACUGUGCAGGUGUGAUCAAGUGCCUGGAGAGUUAUAAGGGGCAGCACCCGGACAUCAGCGAUGCCCGAUUCCAGGAGAUGAAGGAACUGGCCUGUGAGCUGAAGAGCGACAAGGGACUCAAGCAGUGGAAAUUUGCAUGGUCCAAAUGCCAGGAGACCAAGCUGGUUUUUGAAAAGAAACUUGAAGCAGCCUUGAGAACAAGGAGGUCUCUGCUGUCAGACCACAAACCAGCUGCAGGGGAGCAGCCCCGUGCUGGCAGUGAGGCUGGCAGUGUGUCCCACCGGAGGCACUCCGAGGGGGGCACCUCCGGGUCCCACUGGGACAGGACUUACAGUGAGAAGGCUCCCUCGCCCUCCCCAAGCUGCCCUGGCAGUGUCAGUGCUGGGGAAGAAUUUGCCUGCCAAGCUGCUCUUAGCCCUGGUCCUCACUCAAGCAGAGUUUCCUUUGCCAGCGGUGCCUCCAAGUCUCCAAAGCUGCCGGAAGAAAAGCCAAACCUGGAGAGCAUAUUGGAAACCCUGGAGGUGAAGCCAUCCUGCACCUCCACUCCAGCCUCUGGGAAGCCACCUCCUAGAAGGAUACUCCGGAAGGCCCAAAGCUUUGACCUCCCCUGCGGUGAGAGCCUGUGGUCAGGCUGCCAGAGGACGCUGAGCGAGCCAGCCAGAUACGGCAACACCGGCGUCUUUAUUAAGGGGCUGGAGGUGAGCAGUACUGAGCUGGUGGACAGGACUUUUGCGCUGCGGCAGCAAGCAGCUCACAGCUGGGCAGCAGACUGCCUGCUGGAGGGACAGAGGGGCUGCCUCUCCACAUUGGAUGCAAAGAGCUGGGGCAGCAAGCUGCGGCACAUCAUCGACGAGAUGGUAACCACGGAGCGGGAAUACGUGAGGUCGCUUUGCUACAUCAUCGAUAGCUACUUCCCUGAGAUGGAGCGCCUUGACCUCCCCCAGGACCUGCGCGGGAAGCGCAGCGUCAUUUUUGGGAACCUGGAGAAACUCUACGACUUCCACAGCCAGUACUUCCUACGAGAGCUCGAGAGCUGCUGCAACCACCCGCUGCGGGCCAGCCACUGCUUCCUCCGACACAAAGACCAGUUUGGGAUGUACGCGUUGUAUAGCAAGAACAAGCCCAAGUCGGACUCGCUGCUGGCCAGCCAUGGGAAUACCUUCUUCAAGUUCAAGCAGGUGCAGCUUGGGGAUAAGAUGGACCUGGCCUCCUACCUGCUGAAACCCAUCCAGCGGAUGAGCAAAUAUGCCUUGCUCCUGAAGGACCUGAUCAAGGAGUGCAGCGAGGCACAAGAGCAGGAGCUGGGCUACCUCCGUGCAGCCGAGGAGAUGGUGAAGUUUCAGCUCCGACACGGAAAUGAUCUGCUGGCCAUGGAUGCCAUCCGCGACUGUGAUGUGAACCUGAAGGAGCAGGGGCAGCUGGUGCGGCAGGAUGAGUUCACCAUCUGGCUGGGUCGGAGGAAGUGCCAGCGACACGUCUUCCUCUUUGAGGACCUGAUCCUGUUCAGCAAGCCCAAGAGGAUCGAGGGUGGCUUUGACGUGUAUAUCUACAAGCGCUCUUUCAAGACUGCAGACAUCGGUCUGACAGAGAACUCUGGAGACAGUGGCCUGCGCUUUGAGAUCUGGUUCCGAAGGAGGAAGUCCAGCGACACCUACAUCCUCCAGGCCAGCUCAGCCGAGACUAAGCAGGCCUGGACCAGUGACAUCGCCAAGAUCCUGUGGCAGCAGGCAGCCCGCAAUAAAGAAAUCCGUAUGCAGGAGAUGGUCUCCAUGGGUGUGGGCAACAAGCCGUUCCUGGACAUCAAACCCAGCGAGGCAGCUAUCAAUGACCGUGCUAUUGACUACAUCAUGAAAGGCAGAGGCGCCAGGACCAGAGCAUCAAUUGCGGUGUCUCUGUUUGACCAUUCCAACCCAUACAAGAGGACGCAGGCACAGCUCUCUGCUGGCAGCACCCCCGCUGCGUACAGCCCUUCCUCCUCCUCGCUGCUGGGGCCCCUCAACCUCCACAUGUACCUGGACCAGGCUCUGCUGCCGGGCGUCCUGGCCCCUAGCCGCCCCUUUGACAUUGGCACCUGCAUCGAGGAAGAUGAGCUGGAGCAUGAGACGAGCAGCCAGCCGUCGCUGACAACAGAGAGCUCGGAGUCAUCACACUGCAUGUCAGGUAGCGGCUCCAGCGGCUCCGACAGUGGCUGUGUCUCCAGCAUCCCCCAAGAAAGCUUCUGUGAAGACAUGGUCUCACCCCCCUACAUGCCCCUGGGCUCACAGCACAGCUCUGCCGUGGAGGAGAAGCCCAGAUUCGCAAACAGCCAGUACAUUUCCGCAAAAGCAGGAGGCCAGGUCACCAUAAGUCCCUCGACAGUAGUGUGA